GUCAUUUAUCCUCUUCUUCAUCAUCAUCAUCACACACCUUCCCUUCUCCUCGUGGACGAUGUCAUUUCCCCCGCCGUCGCUGGCAACGGCGGCAACCCCGACGGAGCUCCCGAUCCGGCAGAUUCCGGGGAGCUACGGGUUGCCCUUGGUGGGUCCGGUUUCGGACCGUCUGGACUACUUCUGGUUCCAGAAGCCGGAAAGCUUCUUCAGGAAGCGAAUGGAGAAGCACAAGAGCAGCGUGUUCCGCACGAACGUUCCUCCCUCUUUCCCGUUCUUCCUGAACGUUAACCCUAACGUCAUCGCCCUCCUGGAUUGCAAAUCCUUCUCCCACCUCUUCGACAUGGACCUCGUCGACAAGAAGGACGUCCUCGUCGGAGACUUCGUCCCCAGCCUCGCCUUCACCGGAAACCUCAGGGUCGGCGUUUACCAGGACACCACCGACCCUCAACAUGCCAAGGUGAAGAACUACAUCAUGGAUAUCUUGAAACGAAGCUCGGGCAUAUGGAUACCAGAACUAGUAUCUAACCUGGACACAAUGUGGGAGAAGAUCGAAGCAUCACUCUCCAAAUCCACAUCUGUAUCGUACAUCUUCCCGCUACAACAAUUUCUCUUCAGCUUCCUCUGCAAAGUCCUGGCCGGUGCAGACCCUUCCCUUGACCCCAAAAUAGCAGAGUCAGGCUAUGCCAUGCUUGAUCGUUGGCUCGCUCUUCAGCUCCUUCCCACAAUCAGCAUCGGCAUCCUCCAACCCCUCGAAGAAAUCUUCCUCCAUUCCUUCGCCUACCCUUUUUUCCUCGUCAGCGGAGACUACAACAACAUCUACAACUUCGUCAAACAACAUGGCAAGGAAACUAUAACCCGAGGCGAAACGGGUUUCGGGUUGACCCAAGAAGAGGCCAUCCACAACUUGCUCUUCGUGCUGGGGUUCAACUCCUUCGGCGGCUUCUCCGUUUUCCUCCCCUCUCUGAUCGAGGCCAUAGCCUCCGACCCCACAUUGCAGGACAACCUUAAAGCCGAAGCCAGGACAGCCUCGUCUCUCACCUUCGACUCCCUCAAACAGAUGGACCUCGUCCACUCCGUCGUCUACGAAACGCUGCGCAUGAACCCUCCGGUUCCGCUCCAGUACGGUCGUGCCCGAAAGGACUUCCGCCUCACUUCUCACGACUCCGUCUUCGCCGUCAAGAAGGGCGAGCUGCUCUGCGGCUUCCAGAAGCUCGUCAUGAGAGACGCCGUUAUCUUCGACCAACCCGAGACCUUCAAACCGGACCGCUUCACCGGGGAGAAGGGGGCCCAAUUGCUUAACUACUUGUAUUGGUCCAAUGGGCCUCAAACUGGGUCUCCUACUGUGUCCAAUAAACAGUGUGCGGGUAAGGACGUUGUCACGCUCACCGCUGCUUUCAUUGUCGCUUACUUGCUUCGCAGGUAUGAUUCCAUCAAAGGGGAUGCCAGUUCCAUCACUGCCCUUCAAAGGGCCAACUGAAGCAAGCAACCCUAAAUAUCUAUUUUCCCUCUGCACCUUCUAUUUAAUCACAAGAGCGUGUAAAUGCAACUCUUCCAUAAACCACAUUCUUAACUUGGUUUGAGUGAAAUUAGAUUCCAUCUCUUUAA